UCCCCCCCCUGCCGCCAUCCCGGUGACCAGUUGACUUUGGCGCUCAUGGGAAGCAGGAGAGGAGACUGGGGGUCCCCUUGCCUAGUUGGGGGCUGAAUCCAGUACUCCACCGUCACGUCCUGCUGUCCCCCACCAACUCGGGGACCGUGUGACCCAAUGGGGACAAAUCGGGGCCUCCCGACAUCCUGUGCCCUGUCUUAAAGUGUUAAAAAGAAGCCAAGAAAGAAGCCGAAUGACUCUCUGGUAUCAGAGCCUCCUCGUCCUCAUCCUCCUCCUCCUCCUGGUCCUUGGCCUCCAAGAGUUCAAGGGCCUCCUCCAAUAUAUGUCCAAGGCCCCCCGGCCAUUCACCCGGGUGAGUACCUCUGUUCCUUCCCCUUCGGUUUUCCUGGGCUCAGGCUGCCCUGCCCCACUCUUCGAGACUCUGCCCCAACAGCACCUCCUCUGAAAGUCCUUCUCCGCUGUCCCCCGGGAGCCGUGUGACCCCCCCCCCCCCCAGGGCUGGCCGUAGCCCCUCCUCUCCAACAUGAAAUGAGUGGCGCAGGGGCUGGUCUGCAGUGGGCGCUCAGGGCAGGCUUAUGGGGCAAACCCCCUGGACUCCGCAGUGCGAGCCACCGGCCGCAGCCAGAGAAGCGGAAGGUGGCCCCUGCCCAGGGUAGGGCCUGGGCUUCAGGGGUUUUUACACAAGCCCGUUAAGGAAUGCAGAAUACUCGAGAAAGGUCUCAAAGGGUCAGGAGCUGCAGGGUUGUUCUGCACAUUCCCAGUGGGCAGAAUGGAAAGGCCCGUAGGGACACCCAUUCUAGCCACAGCGCUUUCCUUAGCUCGGUGCCAAACCGGGGAUUCUGCAUCCCGCACAUCGGGGCUCCGUCCAUUCCAAAUCCCAGCACCCCUCACCCACCCGGGACCCCAGAGGGAUCAAGGUCUGCGAGGCCCUAAGCCCCUCCUCACCGCUGCAGACCCGACCCUGAGCCUUUGGCCAGGACACUAAAGCUCGCGGGAAUUGUUUUCUUAACCACAAACUCAGCCACCACCCAAGCCCCCCUUUCUCCGCACACCCGAGACUGCGGACGUGGUUGCAGGGCUUAAAUAGCUAAACACAUUUUUUGGCCCCGCUGUACAAACGCGAGAGGACGACACAAGAACGCCAGCAGCUCUGUUCACCAGAAUGCCUAGGAUGGGCCCUGCCAUCCCGGUACAGUCCAUAUGUCACUACUGUGGGAACCGCAUCAUAACAGUGACCACCCCGGUCCCAGGGGUUCUCACCUGGCUGCUGUGUACAGGUCUUUUUGUGUUUGGGUGCUUCCUGGGCUGCUGCUUCCUCCCCUUCUGUAUGGACAGCUUGAUGGACGUGAGGCACACGUGCCCCGUGUGCCAGCAAGAGCUCUUCUGCUACCACCGCCUGUGAAGGUCCACCAAAUAAACGUCCACCGAGUGA